CGCCGCCCCGCGUUGCGUGCGCAGCUCCGCCCGAGCCUGAGAAGGCGGAGCUUCCUUCUGGUUAGGGCGGAGCGCGCUUUUCUCCUGCGCUUUCUGUGGCCGCCUUGGGUCUCAGGGAAGUGAGACGUCCAGAGUCUCUUUUCCCGGAGGAGGGCGUCUUCCUCGAGGGCUUCCGAGCGGAGACUCAGCCAUGCCGAACUCGAGGCCCAGACCCCGCCGCGGCGCCGCGGGUGGCUCAGGGGCGGCCGGCCGGGACCGGCUGGUGGCGCGGUCCUUGCAGAGCGCUGAGCACUGUCUGGGCGCCCAGGACUUCGGCACUGCCUAUGCCCAUUACCUCCUGGUGCUCAGCCUGGCGCCGGAGCUCAAAGACGACGUGAAGGAAACUUUUCAGUAUACACUUUUCAAGUGGGCCGAAGAACUUGAUGCACUCAGUCGAAUACAAGACUUACUUGCUUGCUAUGAGCAGGCCUUGGAACUAUUUCCUGAUGAUGAAGUGAUUUGCAAUAGUAUGGGAGAGCAUCUCUUCAGGUUUGUAGUGACUUAACUAUUACUUGUUGAAGAUUAUUCUUUAUCAAUCCAAAGCAAGUAUAUGUUAUGCAUUAACUUACUUUGUUUGGUUUGAGAUGGAGUGCUGUGGGAUGGUCUGUAUGUUAA